UUAUUUGACAAUUAUGUAUGAAUAAAUCGUAAUUCAUUUUAGGAUAUUAUCUCAUAAUUUACGUUUCUUUUAACCGGCAACGAGGAAUAAAACAAUUUAUUAUUACAUUUACAUUAGGUGUGUGUUAAACACUAAGAUUUCUUCAUCAUGGAGGACGUUUUAGAUGAAGUUGUGUCGUCCGAGGAUUUGCAAAAAUUCGAGCAAGUAUUUCAUGAGCAAUUGCAUAAAGGUAACGUGACUCAUAAAGCGCAAUUCGAGUACGCCUGGUGUCUUGUACGAAGUAAAUACCCUACAGAUAUUAGAAAGGGCAUCCUACUCCUUAAGGAGCUUUUCAACUCUCAUCCUGAGGGUAAGAGAGACUACCUGUUCUACCUUGCCAUAGGUAAUGCUAGAAUCAAGGAGUACAACAAAGCUCUGCACUAUGUGAAGGCUUUCCUUGAGAUUGAGCCGGCCAAUCAACAAGUUCUUACGCUAGAGAGACAAAUCAACAAGAGAAUGGAGAAGGAAGGCUUGAUAGGCAUGGCAGUGGCGGGAGGGGCAGUGUUAGCUCUCGGAGGCCUUGUGGGGCUUGGGAUUGCUCUUGCUUCUAGCAAGAAAUAGCAUUUAGCUUUACUAAUGAACGCUAUUAUAGUUGUUCAUAUCUUCUUUAAGAAGAAGAAGAUAAAAAGAGAGUAAAAGAAGAUAGAAGCAAAAUCAAU